UUAAGUAUGGAUUUUGGCGGAUUUCUGCCGGGUCCAUUUUUGGCAGAUUCCAAAGGGGUACGUACCAUCACAGAUUUUGGGCGAUUUUUCGUAAAUGCUAUUUUCGUUCGAUUUUGGAUGCUACAGAUUACCGAUUCAGCCCGAGGCUAUUCUCCACCGAUAAUAAAGUCUAUUGAUCCUAUUCUCCACCAAUGAUUAAGUCCAUUAGGCAUAGAAUCUGACCAAUUUAUUUUUGGAUUACAUUUUCGUAAUUCAUUGGGCGAUUUUUUUUUAAAAUGCCAUUUUCAAUGGAUUUUGUUGGCUACAGAUCUCGGAUUCGGCCUGAAGCUAUUCUUCAACGAAGAUUAAGUCCAUUAACCAUGGAUUUUGGCGGAUUUCUUCCGGGUCCAUUUUUGGCAGAUUCCAAAGGGGUACCAUCACAGAUUUCGGGCGAUUUUUCAAAAAUGCUAUUUUCUUUCGAUUUUAGAGGGUACAGAUCACCGUUCAGCCCGAGGCUAUUCUCCACCGAUAAUGAAGUCUAUUGAUCAUAUUCUCCACCAAUGAUUAAUCUAUUAGGCAUAGAAUUGGGCCAAUUUAUUUUGGGAUGACAUAUUCGUAGUACUUUGGGCGAUUUUUUUUAUAAAGUCCAUUUUCCAUGGAUUUUGAUGGCUUCAAAUCACGGAAUCGGCCUGAGGCUAUUCUUCAACAACGAGCAAGUCCAUUAAGCAUGGAUUUUCGCGGAUUUCUUCCGGGUCCAUUUUUAGCAGAUUCUAAUGGGGUACCAUCACAGAUUUUGGGCGAUUUUCGUAAAUGUUAUUUUCUUUCGAUUUUGGAGGCUACAGAUCACCGAUUAAGCCCGAGGCUAUUCUCCACCCAUAAUGAAGUCUAUUGGUCCAAUUCUCCCCAAUAAUUAAGUCCAUUAGGCAUAGAAUUUGACCAAUUUAUUUUGGGAUGGCAUUUUCGUAAUUCCUUUGGUGAUUUUUUUUAGUAAGGCCAUUUUCCAUGGAUUUUGUUGGCUACAGAUCACGGAUACAGCAUGAGGUUAUUCUUUAACGACGAGUAAGUCCAUUAGGCAAGAAUUUUGUGGGAUUUCUUAAAGGUCCAUUUUUGGCAGAUUCCAAAGGGGUAACAUCACAGAUUUCGGGCGAUUUUUCGUAAAUGAUAUUUUGUAUCUAUUUUGGAGGCUACAGAUCAGCGAUUCAGCCAUAGGCUAUUCUCCACCGAUAAUGAAGUCUAUUGAUCCUAUUCUCCACCAAUGAUUAAGUCUAUUAGGCAUAGAAUCUGACCAGAUUAUUUUGGGAUGACAUUUUCGUAAUUCUUUGGGCGAUAUUUUUUCGAAAAGCCAUUUUCCAUGGAUUUUGAAUGCUAAAUAUCACGGAUUCGACCUGAGGGUAUUCUUCAAUGACGUGUAAGUCCAUUAAGCACGGAUUUGGACGGAGUUCUUCUUGGUCAAACUUUGGUAGAUUCAAAAGGGGUGCCUUUACAUAUUUUGGGCGAUUUUUCCGAAAUGCUAUUUUUUCGAUUUUGGAGGCUACAAAUCAUGGAUUAAGUCCGAGGCUAUUAUCCACAGAUAAUUAAUUAUAUUGAUCAUAUUCUCCACCAAUGAUUAAGUCCAUUAGGCAUAGAAUUGGGCCAAUUUGUUUUGAGAUGACAUUUUCGUAAUUCUUUGGGCGAUUUUUGUAGAAAAGCCAUUUUCCAUAGAUUUUGAAGGCAACAGAUCACGGAUUUGGCCUGAGACUAUUCUUCAACGACGAGUAAGUCCAUUAAGCAUGGAUUUGGGCGGAUUUCUUCCGGGUCCAUUUUUGGCAGAUUCCAAAGGGGUACCAAUACAUAUUUCUAGCGAUUUUUCGAAAAUGCUAUUUUCUUUCGAUUUUGGAGGUUACACAUCACGGAUUCAACCCGAGGAUAUUCUACACCGACAAUGAAGUUUAUUGAUCCUAUUCUCCACUAAUGAUUAAGUCCAUUAGGCAUAGAAUCUAACCAAUUUAUUUAGGAAUGGCAUUUUCGUAAUUUCUUGUUUGAUUUUUUUCGAAAGGCCAUUUGUCAUUGAUUUUGAAGGCUACAGAUCACGGAUUCGGCCUGAGGCUAUUCUUCAACGACGAGUAAGUCCAUUAAGCUCGGAUUUGGGCAGAUUUCUUCCGGAUCCAUUUUUGACAGAUUCUAAAGGGGGUACCAUUACAUAUUUCGGCCGAUUUCUCCGAAAUGCUAUUUUGUUUGGAUUUUGGAGGCUACAGAUCACAGAUUCGGCCCAAGGCUAUUCUCACUAAUAAUGAAGUUUAUUGAUCCUAUUCUCCACCAAUGAUUAAGUCCAUUAGGCAUAGAAUCAGACCAAUUUAUUUUGGGAUGACAUUUCGUAAUUCUUUUGACGAUAUUUUUUCAAAAGGCAAUUUUCCAUGGAUUUCGAAGGCUACAGAUCACGGAUUAGGCAUGAGGUUAUUCUUCAACGACGUGUAAGUCCAUUAAGCACGGAUUUGGAUGGAUUUCUUCUUGGUCAAACUUUGGCAGAUUCCAAAGGGGUACCUUUACAUAUUUCGGGCAAUUUUUCCGAAAUGCUAUUUUCUUUCGAUUUUGGAGGCUACAAAUCAUGUAUUAAGCCCGAGGCUAUUCUCCAUCGAUAAUUAAGUAUAUCGAUCAUAUUCUCCACCAAUGAUUAAGUCCAUUAGGCAUAGAAUUGGGCCAAUUUGUUUUGGGAUGAUAUUUUCGUAAUUCUUUGGGCGAUUUUUUUCCGAAAUGCCAUUUUCCAUGGAUUUUGAAGGCUACAAAUCACAGAUUUGGCCAGAGGCUAUUCUUCGACGACGAGUAUGUCCAUUAAGCACGGAUUUAGGCGAAUUUCUUCAGGGUCCAUUUUUCGCAGAUUCCAAAGGGGUACCAUUACAUAUUUCGGGCUAUUUCCGAAAUGCUAUUUUCUUUCGAUUUUGGAGGCUACACAUCACGGAUUCAGCUCGGGGCUAUUCUCCAACGAUAAUUAAGUCUAUUGAUCUUAUUCUCCACCAAUGAUUAAGUCCAUUAGGCAUAGAAUCUUACCAAUUUAUUUUGGGAUGAUAUUUUCGUAAUUCUUUGGGUGAUUUUUUUCCGAAAGGCCAUUUCCAUGGAUUUUGAAGGCUACAGAUUACAGAUUUGGCCGGAGGCUAUUCUUCAACGACGAGUAAGUCCAUUAAGCACGGAUUUGAGAAGAUUUCGUCCGGGUCCAUUUUUGGCAGAUUCUAAAGGGGUAUCAUUACAUAUUUCGAGCGAUUUCUCCGAAAUGCUUUUUUCUUUCGAUUUUGGAGGCUACAGAUCACAGAUUCAGCCCAAGGCUAUUCUCCACCAAUAAUGAAGUCUAUUGAUCCUAUUCUCCACCAAUGAUUAAGUCCAUUAGGCAUAGAAUCUGACCAAUUUAUUUUGGGAUGACAUUUUAUUAAUUCUUUGGGCGAUUUUUUUUUUCGAAAAGUCAUUUUCCAUGGAUUUUAAAGGCUACAGAUCACAAAUUCGUCCUGAGACUAUUCUUCAACGACGAGUAAGUCCAUUAAGCACGGAUUUGGGCGGAUUUCUUCCCGAUCCAUUUUUGGUAGAUUCCAAAGGGGUACCAUUACAUAUUUCGGACGAUUUCUCCGAAAUGCUAUUUUCUUUUAAUUUUGAAGGCUACAGAUCACGGAUUCAGUCCGAGGCUAUUCUCCACCAAUAAUGAAGUCUAUUGAUCCUAUUCUCCACCAAUGAUUAAGUCCAUUAAGCAUAGAAUCUGACCAAUUUAUUUUGGGAUGUCAUUUUCAUAAUUCUUCUCGCGAUUUUUUUUCGAAAAGGCCAUUUUCCAUGGAUUUUGAAGGCUAUUGAUCACGGAUUCGGCUUGAGGCUAUUCUCGAACAACGAGUAAGUCCAUUAAGCACGAAUUUGGGAGGAUUUCUUCCGGGUCCAUUAUUUGCAAAUUCCAAGGGGGUACCAUCACAGAUUUCGUGCGAUUUUUCCGAAAUUCUAUUUUCUUUCGAUUUUGGAGUUUACUGAUCACGGAUUCAACCCGACGCUAUUCUCCAUUGAUAAUGAAGUCUAUUGAUCCUAUUCUCCACCAAUGAUUAAGUCCAUUCAACAUAGAAUCUGACCAAUUUAUUUUGGGAUGGCAUUUUCGUAAUUCUUCUCGCGAUUUUUUUAUUUAGAAAAUGCCAUUUUCCAUGGAUUUUGAAGGCUAUUGAUCACGGAUUCGGCUUGAGGCUAUUUUCGAACAACGAGUAAGUCCAUUAUGCACGGAUUUGGGAGGAUUUCUUUCGGGGUCCAUUUUUUGCAAAUUCGAAAGGGGUAUCAUCACAGAUUUCGGGCGAUUUUACCGAAUUGCUAUUUUCUUUUGAUUUUGGAGGCUACAGAUCACGAAUUCAGUCCGAAGCUAUACUCCAACGAUAAUGAAGUUUAUUGAUCUUAAUCUCCACCAAUGAUUCCGUCCAUUAAUAAUAGAAUUGGGCCAAUUUAUUUUGAGAUAACAUUUUCGUAAUUCUUUGGGCAUUUAUUUUCGAAAUGCUAUUUUCCAUGGUUUUUGAAGGCUACAUAUGACACAUUCUGCAUAAGGCUAUUAUUCAACGACGAGUAAGUCCAUAAAGCAUGGAUUUGGACGGAUUUCUUCCAGGUCCAUUUUUGGCAUAUUCCAAAUGGGUACCAUCACUGAUUUCGGACGAUUUCUCUAAAAUGCUAUUUUCUUUCGAUUUUUUGGCUACAGAUCACGGAUUUAGCCCGAGGCUAUUCUCCACCAAUAAUGAAGUCUAUUGAUCAUAUUAUCCACCGAUGAUUAAGUUCAUUAGGCAUAGAAUUGGUUCAAUUUAUUUUGGGAUUGCAUUUUCGUAAUUAUUUGGGUGAUAUUUUUUCGAAAUGCCAUUUUCCAUGGAUUUUGAAGGCUAUAGAUAACGGAUUUAGCCUGAGGCUAUUUUUCAAAGACGAGUAAGUCCAUUAAACACGGAUUCGGGCGGAUUUUUUCCUGGUCCAUUUUUGGCAGAUUCCAAAGGGGUACCAUCACAGAUUUCGUGCUAUUUUCCCCAAUUGCUAUUUUCUUUCGAUUUUGGAGGCUACAUAUCACGAAUUCAGCCCGAGGCUAUUCUCCAACGAUAAUGAAGUUUAUUGAUCCUAUUCUCCACCAAUGAUUUCGUCCAUUAAGAAUAGAAUUGGGCCAAUUUA